AUGUCGAACAUGAAGGACAUCGAGGACAUCCGCGCGACGGCGGCGACGAACGGCGACAAUGAAGAGGUCGUCGAGCUCGUCGAAGAGGGCACCAAGGAGGCCAGGACUGCCCACCACAUUCGCGCAAACAGCUCCAUCAUGCACUUGAACAAGAUUCUGGUGGCCAACAGAGGUGAAAUUCCUAUUCGUAUCUUCAGAACAGCCCACGAAUUGUCUUUACACACCGUCGCAGUCUUCAGCUAUGAGGACCGUCUCAGCAUGCAUCGGCAGAAGGCCGACGAGGCCUACGUCAUCGGCAAGCGAGGCCAGUACACACCGGUCGGAGCGUACCUUGCAGGCGACGAGAUCAUCAAGAUUGCCUUGGAACAUGGCGUUCAAAUGAUCCAUCCAGGAUACGGUUUCCUGUCAGAGAAUGCCGGAUUCGCGCGGAACGUUGAGAAGGCCGGCCUGAUUUUCGUCGGCCCUUCUCCCGAUAUCAUCGAUGCCCUCGGUGACAAAGUCUCCGCCCGAACACUUGCCAUUGCUGCAAAGGUCCCAGUCGUGCCUGGAACCGAGGGCGCAGUCGCCAAAUUCGAGGAGGUUAAGAAGUUCACCGAUGAAUACGGAUUCCCCAUCAUUAUCAAGGCCGCUUACGGUGGUGGUGGCCGAGGCAUGAGAGUGGUGCGCGAACAGUCAAGCCUCCAGGAAUCUUUCGAGCGAGCGACCUCGGAGGCGAAGACGGCUUUCGGCAACGGGACAGUCUUUGUCGAGCGAUUCUUGGACAAGCCGAAGCACAUCGAGGUCCAGCUUCUAGGUGAUAACCACGGGAACAUUGUCCACCUGUACGAGCGUGAUUGCUCGGUUCAACGGAGACACCAAAAGGUGGUCGAGAUUGCACCAGCCAAGGACCUCCCUGCAGAAACCCGAGAUGCCAUCUUGGCCGACGCAGUCAAGCUGGCCAAAUCCGUCAACUACCGAAACGCAGGUACCGCGGAGUUCUUGGUGGACCAACAAAACCGAUACUACUUCAUCGAGAUCAACCCGCGUAUCCAGGUCGAGCACACCAUCACCGAGGAAAUCACCGGCAUUGAUAUUGUGGCCGCGCAGAUUCAAAUCGCCGCGGGCGCAUCCCUGCAACAGCUCGGUCUGACGCAGGACAGGAUCUCCACGCGAGGUUUCGCGAUCCAAUGCCGAAUUACCACCGAGGACCCUGCCAAACAGUUCCAGCCUGACACUGGCAAGAUCGAGGUUUACAGGUCCGCCGGCGGCAACGGAGUCCGUCUCGAUGGUGGCAAUGGGUUCGCCGGUGCCGUCAUCACUCCGCACUACGAUUCCAUGCUGGUCAAAUGUAGUUGCUCAGGCAGCACUUACGAGAUCGCGCGCCGCAAGGUCCUCCGAGCUCUUAUCGAGUUCCGAAUCCGCGGCGUGAAGACCAACAUUCCCUUCCUGGCCUCCCUGCUCACCCACCCGGUCUUCAUUGAUGGGAACUGUUGGACCACCUUUAUCGACGACACACCUAGCUUGUUUGAUCUCGUGGGUGGCCAGAAUCGUGCUCAGAAGCUCUUGUCGUACCUGGGCGACAUCGCCGUCAACGGAAGCAGCAUCGCCGGCCAGAUUGGUGAGCCCAAGUUUAAGGGUGAAAUCAUUCUGCCCGAGCUCCUCAAUGAUGACGGCUCCAAGCUUGAUGUCUCCCAGUCGUGCAAGACGGGAUGGAGACAGCUACUUCUCGACCAAGGGCCUAAGGCAUUUGCCAAGGCGGUUCGUCAGUACAAGGGGUGCCUUCUCAUGGACACAACCUGGCGUGACGCUCAUCAAUCAUUACUGGCCACUCGUGUCCGCACAAUUGACCUGCUUGGCAUAGCGAAGGAAACCAGCCAUGGUCUGAGUAACCUGUACAGUCUCGAGUGCUGGGGUGGCGCCACUUUCGACGUCGCCAUGCGCUUUCUCUACGAAGACCCUUGGGACCGACUCCGCAAGAUGCGAAAGGCCAUUCCCAACAUUCCAUUCCAGAUGCUUCUGAGAGGAGCAAACGGUGUAGCAUAUGCCUCGCUUCCUGACAAUGCUAUCUUCCACUUUGUGGAACAGGCCAAGAAGAACGGCGUCGAUAUUUUCCGAGUUUUCGACGCUCUGAACGACAUCGAUCAGCUCGAGGUCGGCAUCAAGGCUGUUCAGAAGGCCGGUGGUGUAGCUGAGGGUACCGUGUGUAUAAGUGGCGACAUGCUAAACCCGAAGAAGAAGUACAACCUCGAAUACUAUAUGGAUCUCGUUGGAAAGCUGGUUGCCUUGGACAUUGACGUACUGGGAGUCAAAGAUAUGGCCGGAGUCCUCAAGCCCCACGCUGCCACGCUGCUCAUCGGUUCCAUCCGAAGGAAGUACCCGGACCUCCCAAUCCAUGUCCACACUCACGAUUCCGCCGGCACUGGUGUUGCCUCCAUGGUUGCUUGUGCUAAGGCUGGCGCCGAUGCUGUAGACGCCGCCACUGACAGUCUGUCCGGCAUGACCUCUCAACCCAGCAUCAACGCCAUUCUUGCAUCGCUAGAGGGCAGUGACUUGGACCCCGGACUGAACCCGAAGCAUGUGCGCGCCUUGGACAGUUACUGGUCUCAGCUCCGACUCCUCUACUCGCCUUUCGAGGCCCACCUUCCUGGACCCGACCCUGAAGUUUACGAGCACGAGAUUCCUGGCGGUCAGCUCACCAACAUGAUGUUCCAGGCCCAACAACUCGGCCUUGGCUCGCAAUGGGCCGAGACGAAGAAGGCCUAUGAACACGCCAACGACCUGCUCGGCGACAUUGUCAAGGUCACACCUACUUCCAAAGUAGUCGGAGAUUUGGCGCAGUUUAUGGUGUCCAACAAGCUCUCCCCUGAAGACGUGGUUGAUCGUGCUCAGGAGCUUGACUUCCCUGGCUCAGUUUAUGAGUUCCUCGAGGGAAUGAUGGGUCAACCGUACGGUGGUUUCCCCGAGCCUCUGCGGUCGAAGGCGCUGCGAAACCGCCGCAAGUUCGACAAGCGACCAGGCCUAUACCUCGACCCUGUCGACUUCAAGAAGGCGCGCUCAGAGCUCACCGAGAAAUGGAACCAAGUUACUGAAUGCGAUAUCGCAUCGCAUCUCAUGUAUCCCAAGGUCUUCGACGACUACAAGAAGUUCAUCCAGAAGUUCGGCGAUCUGUCAGUUCUACCCACUCGAUAUUUCCUCUCAGCGCCUCAGAUUGGCGAGGAGUUCCACGUCGAGCUGGAAAAGGGCAAGAUCCUGAUCCUGAAGCUGCUUGCGGUUGGCCCUCUGUCUGAGAACACUGGACAGCGAGAGGUGUUCUACGAAAUGAACGGCGAAGUCCGUCAAGUCACCGUUGACGAUAAGAAAGCCAGCGUGGAGAACGUCAGCCGGCCAAAGGUCGACCCUGGUGACUCAAGCCAGGUCGGCGCUCCGAUGGCUGGUGUGCUGGUUGAGCUGAGAGUUCACGAGGGCUCUGAAGUCAAGAAGGGUGACCCAGUUGCUGUGCUCAGUGCCAUGAAGAUGGAAAUGGUCAUUUCCGCCCCUCACAACGGGAAGGUCGCCAGUCUCCAAGUCAAGGAGGGAGAUUCCGUCGACGGUUCGGACUUGGUGUGCAAGAUUACCAAGGCUUAG